AUGUAUGAUCUUGCUCCAAGUGUCUGGCCCAGCCAACACACUGCAUUCCGCGCGAUUUGCGCAGCGCCAGCUGCUCUCGCCGUGAAGCCAGGAACUCUAGCUGCCAUUGCUCCUUCGUUGCUAAAAUUGAGUGGUCAGGUUACCAACGUAGCUUUCCAGCAACGAUGGAAUUCCCAAUAUACUCCAUCGAUUGUUCGAAGGACCGGCCUGCAGGGGUUUCGAAAUGACGUACCGAUUUCGAGACCAGCCCCGGAUGUCAGGCCCAAUGAAACAAUCUACAUUGGCAACCUCUUCUUUGAAGUGACUGCAGAUGACCUCAAACGCGAUAUGUCUAAAUUCGGCAAUAUUCUCGCUGUUCGCAUCGUAUAUGACAACCGUGGAAUGAGCAGAGGAUUCGCAUAUGUUCAAUUCGACUCAGUUGACGCUGCUGAAGCUGCAAUUGCCGAGAUGAACAUGACCAUCUACGAAGGACGUAGAGUGGUUGUUAACUACUCGUCGCGCGGCUCAGCAAAUCCAACCCCAACACGCUCCAACGAGCCAACCAGAACUCUUUUCAUUGGAAACCUGUCCUUCGAAAUGACCGACCGUGAAUUGAACGAACUUUUUAAGGAUAUUAAGAAUGUUACGGACGUCCGCGUGUCCGUCGACAGGAGAACUGGCCAACCUCGUGGAUUUGCCCACGCUGACUUCUUGGAUGUUGAGAGCGCCCAAGCUGCGUUUGAAAUUCUCAAGGACAAAGCUCCUUAUGGCCGUCCUCUCCGACUCGACUACAGCCUCAGUGCCAGGGAUAGCACCAUGGACCGAUUGAGGACUGCUCCAUCCGGGAGCAACGAGACCUUUUGA